AUGCCAAAGCUGGAAGGCUUUGAGUUCUGGAGCCGCACCCUGGGGGGGGCCCGCCACGUAGUGGCCCCCAUGGUGGACCAGAGCGAGCUGGCCUGGAGGCUGCUGAGCCGCCGACACGGGGCCCAGCUGUGCUACACACCCAUGCUGCAUGCCCAGGUUUUUGUCCGUGAUGCCAACUACCGAAAGGAGAACCUGUACUGCGAUGUGUGCCCCGAGGACCGGCCUCUCAUUGUACAGUUUUGUGCCAAUGACCCAGAGGUGUUUGUCCAGGCGGCUCUCUUGGCUCAGGACUACUGUGAUGCCGUCGACCUGAAUUUGGGCUGCCCGCAGAUGAUUGCCAAACGAGGUCACUAUGGCGCCUUCCUGCAGGAGGAGUGGGACCUGCUCCAGAGAAUGAUUCUGCUAGCCCACGAAAAGCUUUCUGUUCCUGUCACAUGCAAGAUCCGCGUCUUCCCAGAGAUCGACAAGACUGUGAGAUAUGCCCAGAUGCUGGAAAAGGCUGGCUGCCAGCUGCUGACUGUCCAUGGGCGCACCAAGGAGCAGAAGGGGCCCCUGUCAGGCACCGCGUCCUGGGAGCACAUCAAGGCUGUGCGGAAGGCGGUGGCCAUACCUGUGUUUGCCAACGGGAACAUCCAGUGCCUGCGGGAUGUGGAACGCUGCAUCCAGGACACGGGGGUGCAAGGGGUCAUGAGUGCAGAGGGAAACCUGCACAACCCUGCCCUGUUCGAGGGCCGCAGCCCUGCCGUGUGGGAGCUGGCCGAGGAGUACCUGGACAUUGUGCGGCAGCACCCCUGCCCCCUCUCCUACGUCCGGGCCCAUCUCUUUAAGCUGUGGCACCACACGCUGCAGGUGCAUCAGCAGCUUCGAGAGGAGCUCGCCAAAGUGAAGACCCUGGAGGGCAUUGCUGCAGUGAGCCAGGAGCUAAAACUGCGGUGUCAGGAGGAUAUAUCCAGGCAGAAGGAGGGAGAGAAGCCUUCAGGAGGCUUGCCUUUCUUCCACUGGAUCUGCCAGCCCUACUUCCGGCCAGGGCCCAAGGAGGGGAGCAAGGAGAAUGGGGGUGCCCGCAGCAAGCGGGCCCUGGAGGAGGAGGAGGGCACCACGGAUGUCUUAUCCAAGAACAAGCAGAAGAAGAAGCUGAGGAACCCCCACAAGACCUUUGACCCUUCGCUGAAGCCAAAAUACGCAAAGUGUGAUCAGUGUGGAAACCCAAAGGGCAACAGGUGUGUGUUUAACCUAUGCCGGGGCUGCUGCAAGAAGCGAGCUUUCAAGGAGACUGCCGACUGCCCAGGUCACGGACUGCUUUUUAAAACCAAAUUGGAGAGGUCUCUGGCCUGGAAGGGUGCCCAGCCACGGCUGCAGGAACCACAGCAGGCCGGGCCUGGAGAACCAGGUGGCUUCCCUGAGGUUGUGGGCGGUGCCCUGGCCUAA